AUGGCAGCAACAAAUCAACAUCCUUUUCUUUCAAAUGUACCUUUUAAAGACGAAACUCCCUUACCAGAAGAUAUACCAAGAGUAGAUGACGUUGGAACGACUUCUGCUCCUUUAAAAUCUGCUGCUUUUUUUAUUGGUGCUUAUUGUAAAGACUUUAAUGAUGAUUAUAUGCUUUGCAAAAAUGAAAAUAAUGAUCCAAAACAUUGCUUAAAAGAAGGUAGAAAAGUUACAAGGCUUCGUAAGUUACGUGAAAAUUGUGAUAAAGAAUUUGAAGCUCAUUGGCAGUGUUUGGAUAAAAAUAAUCAGGAAUAUUAUCAAUGUAGACCACAAGAAAAGACAUUUAAUACUUGUGUAUUUAACGCGUUGAAUUUAGAAAAAGUUAUUCCUGGGACCCCUCAGGGAAAACCUCCAAUUCAUCUUAAAGAAAGUCCUAUUUUUAAACCAAGUUAA